AUGUUUAUUCCCAUUCUAAUUGCUUCUCUCGUUUCAUUGGUUAAUGCUGCAUCUGUAGUAUCUCGCUCACAGUCCUACCCACUAUCUCAGCGUGCUGCACUUGGCCCUCAAACUACGUUAACCAUAGGUAAUAAGGUCAUCGCUCCUGAUGGUUUUGAACGCUCAGCAACUCUUGUCAAUGGCAUAUUCCCUGGACCCUUGAUUACAGCCCAGAAGGGAGAUACCUUUUCCAUUGAUGUAGUCAAUGAGCUCGAGGACGAGACGAUGUUCAAGAGUACCAGCGUCCACUGGCACGGUAUCUACCAGAAUGGAACGAACUAUGCCGACGGGACGUCCUUCGUCACACAAUGUCCCAUUGCGCAGAACCACUCUUUUUUACACACUUUCUCCGCCCCGAACCAGGCAGGCACUUACUGGUAUCAUAGUCAUUAUUCCGUCCAAUAUUGUGAUGGUCUGAGGGGAGCACUGGUAAUCUAUGAUCCUCAGGACCCUUUGGCAUACAUGUACGACGUCGAUGACGAAAGUACUGUAAUCACACUUUCCGACUGGUAUCACGUCGUAGCCCCUGUCUUGCGCCACAUCAUAGGUAUCACUGCCAACUCUUCGCUUAUCAAUGGACUCGGUCGAUAUGCUGGCGGACCGGCGUCUGAUCUCGCUGUGAUCAAUGUCCAGCAGGGAAAGCGAUAUCGCAUGCGCCUGGUCGCAAUGUCGUGCGACCCCAACUUCGAGUUCUCCAUUGAUGGCCACAACUUAACCAUCAUCGAAGCAGAUGGACAGCUGACCGAACCACUGGUGGUAGAUCAGCUUCAGAUUCUUGCGGGUCAGCGCUACUCUGUGGUUCUGGUAGCCGAUCAGCCGGUGGGUAACUACUGGAUGCGCAGUCUUCCUAGUUUGACGGGCGCGUCCUUCGUGGGAGGAGUGAACUCUGCUAUUCUGCGCUACACGGGCGCCCCACAGGCUGACCCGAUCACGGUCAAUACGGCAUCGACUUCAUUGUUUGAGACCAACUUGCAUGCUCUGAUCAAUCCCGGUGCUCCUGGCAUUCCAGAGUAUGGGAGAGCAGAUAUCAACCUUACCCUCGAAGUUACCAACUCUGGCGGAAUAUUCUCUGUUAAUAAUGCCACAUUUAAACCCCCCAAUGUUCCUGUUCUACUCCAAAUUCUCAGCGGAGCUCAAGAUCCGUCUCAGCUGCUCCCAGAGGGGAGUGUCAUUGUUCUAGAGGCGAACAAAGUGGUAGAGUUGACAUUGUCAACAACCGGUCUGAGUGGACCCCAUCCUAUACACCUUCAUGGGCACGCCUUUGAUGUUGUACAGAGCGCAGGCAGCAGUACCUUCAAUUACGUGAACCCGGUUCGUCGCGAUGUGGUAAGCGCUGGGACCAAUGGGCAACAAAUGGUGAUACGAUGGGUGACCGACAAUUCUGGCCCCUGGUUCUUGCAUUGUCACAUUGACUGGCACCUCGAUGCCGGUUUUGCCGUGGUAAUGGCGGAAAGUCCCUCAGACACCGCUGCACAUGUGAACCCCGUGCCACAAGAAUGGGAUCAGUUGUGUCCGAUCUUUGACUCUCUAACACCCACGCAGUUGGGGGGUGGGGGUCGCUUUUCCUAUGAUGAAGCAGCUAGUAUUACCACUGUCCUUUUCCCACCAUCACCCCUCCCUUAAAUAUAGUAUCACGUCAUAAUCAUUUUCGUUUUUAGGGGGCAUAAUGUUUGCAGGACAAUUGGUAUCAUAUUUAUCUUUGGUAUUUUUGCAUUCUGGUACAGCUAUAAUUAACUCUCUGCCCCUUCAUAGUGGGUACUAUGAGACUAAUGCUAUGUUAGCGCCUUUCAGCACUAAUUAUACGACGGAGGUUUCGCAACGAGUCAUGACUUCCGUGCACAGGCAAUG